GUGACGUCAUACCUCCCAGGAGCACCUGCAUUGUAGUCAGUACGGAGGCAGCGGCGAGGACUACAUGUCCCGGCGUCCUCCGCGGCUGCUUCCUGCAGGGAGGGUCAGGACCGGGGCUGCUUCCGGUGCGGGCUCCUGACUCCAGGCGUGCACCCCAGCACCAUGCCCCGGUCCAAGGAGAUCUCCGAGGAGGUCCGGAAGAAGGUGGUGGAGGCCCACAAGGACGGCAAAGGCUAUAAGACCAUCAGCAAGGUCUUCGACCUGCACCGCUCCACCGUCCGGCAGAUCAUCUACAAGUGGAAGGUCUUCAACAGCAUCGACACCCGACCCCGGAGCGGGCGGCCCACCAAGCUGGACACCAUCCUGCGCAGGGUGAUGAGGAGCGGCGCAGGUCACCAGAAGCGGACAAUCCCAGCCGACGACGGGGAGCAGGCCGCGCACAUGUCAGAGAACAGAAGAAUCGGAAAGGACGGGAGCGGCAGCGCGGACGGGGGAGAGAGCGCACGGGUCCCAGGUGCGGACACGAGUCCAGGAUCGGGGGUAGAGGACGAUGUCGGGGCCUCCAUGGACCCUCUGCGACCCAGUGAUGCGGCGGUUACAAGGACGAGAAGAAUAAGGAAUCCUAAAGAGAAGCCGGAGGAGGCGGAGCGGACACGUAGCCGCACCCCGGGGUCCCCCCCGACAGGUCCCUCCCGCAGAGCACCGCGCCCUGCAGAGCAUCACGCGGAGGUGAUUCUGUGCUGCGAGAUCUGCGGCUCCUGCUUCCCGACAGAACCGGACCUGGAAGCCCACCAGGCCGAGCACCUGGAGGAGACGCUGCACGAGUGCGAGGAGUGCGGGAAAGCCUUUCAGUCCGCCGCCGGCCUUAAAACACACAAGAAAAGGAAACAUGGCUGCUGAGCGGGCGGCACUGCGCUGGAGGAGAGGCCGAGCGCCACUCCGGGGGUGACUGAACUCUGCCAGUGAUAACAAAACACUCGCCGGGGCCCAAAACAUCAGCCUCUGAUGGGACGUGGCCGAUCAUCCUGCGAGUGACACGUGCGCCACCCACAGGACACUUUCCAGU